AUAGUUUCAGUCGAGUACGGAGUGUGCUGCCACAUGGUUACUCCAUAACAAAUAUAUAUAAACUUAUUAAGUACUUGUGGCAAAAAGGUUAAGCUUCAACUGAACUGCGUGAUAAAUCGGCAAUUACGAGAACUUAAACUUCGAUUUAAACGUUGGGUUAACUGAACGUGCGGUUCAAGUGGAGAAAUUUCCAUUCGCACUUUGCACGGAGUAUUUGGUGCCGCAGUACGGAUUCCAUCGAUAACCUUAUCAUUUCAACACGCAUAUUUCGAUAAUCUAAACAGGGCUACUUAAGACUUAAUCUAAUAACACCUGCUACACCAAUAAUUUAUUAUAAAUAAAAAAAAUUAAACAAUACAACAACAUGGCCGCACAAAGUAAACUUAUGGAGGCAGCUAUCAACUGCAGUUGCCGGGACUAUCUCCAUCCUUGGACUUCGAGCUGUGUCAAUGCUGCAGCCGGAAUUAUGCUCACCACCAUUCCAACUGCUUUUCGCACCUAUACCAUGGUUUAUCUGUUCGCGCUUAUCGUGAGGAUGCGCAUUCCCACGCUAAAGGACUUAAAACGCACAAUUGAGGGCAUUUUUAAGUCAACAGCUUUCCUAACGACAAAUGCCUAUGGAUUUAACCUGUGCGUUUGCCUUUUCCGUCUUAUGCUGGGUCGCUUCUACUUUAGCACAAUUGCCUAUAUUCCCACGUUUGUCGCCAGCAUUAUCUCAUUGUUUAUUGAGCGUCCGGAGCGACGCACGCCGUUGGCUCUUUAUGUGGCAAAUGUGUCGACGGAGUCGCUGUGGAAAAUGCUGGAGGCACGUGGAAUUGUGCGUUCCAUACCCAAUGGACAGGUUCUGGUGCUUGGUUGCAGCAUUACCGCUCUGCUCUAUAUGUAUCGACUUGGUGUGCAUCAGACCAAGGUCAAGGAUGCCACAUUUAAGGCGCUGCAGUUGUUAAUUGGCAAAGAGGAGCAGGGUCCGAUCAAAGAGUCUCCUCCGAAACGCUCAAGCCAGCAGCCUUUGAACUUCUCCAACAUCUCCGCGUAUGUACAGCUCUAUCAGCGGCUUCGCAACACCAAACAUCACAGUUGUCCACAUCGACUUGGAUGCAGUAGCUAUGCUGUGGUGGGUGGAUUGAAACCCUUUCUUGGUGGUGUCGGUGUCCAAGUGGGUCUGAAACUGCUGCUGAGCAUUCCCAACAUGAUCAAAAUGAAAAUGGACUGGCGCAAGCAAAUUUUCAACAAAGGCAACCUGAAGCUGGGAUUGGCUUUGGGAAGCUAUUCACUACUCUAUAAGAUGAUUUCUUGCGGCCUACGACACUCGUGUGGUUACGACAGCGCCCUCUUUGCGAUACCCGCUGGAUUGUUGGGUUCGAUUGGACUGCUGCAGUUCCCCAACAUCACCAUCUCCAUGUAUGUGAUGUGGAAGGCACUACAGCUGCUGUACAAUUGGGGCCAUGAGGAGGGUGUACUGCCGAACAUACCCUACUUUAAUAUGAUAUUGUAUUCCGCCUGCACAGCUCUGCUUUUCCACUGCGCUAUAUUGGAGCCAAGCUCGAUGCGCAGCAGCUACUAUAAGUUCCUCAUGGAUAUCUCGGGCACCAGAUUAUGUCGCUUCGAUAUAAGUCCAUUUGAUGCCUACGGACUGGGUGGUCAAGGUCAAAGGAGUGAUGUAAUCAAAAGACUCAAAAUAGACAUGAGCCAAGCACUGCCAAAGAUACCGCUGGUUGUUUAAACGAAUUUAGUUUUAUGUUAAUGCAAAUGGUUACUUGAUAUUAGUGCUAAGGGUCAGUUAAGGAUAGUUACUGCAAUUAUUUGACUGCCCAGUCGGAAAUAAAAUUGUAACAGACACAAAAAGUUCAAA